AUGUUUUCUAAGAAGAAGAAAAAACCUCUUAUAUCGCCGCCUAGUAAUUUCGAACACAGAGUACAUACAGGUUUUGAUAAACGAGAGGGAAAGUUUGUUGGACUUCCUUUGCAAUGGGCCUCACUUGUGGGUAAUAAUCAGAUAUUAAAAUCAACAAACAGGCCAUUACCAUUAGUAGAUCCUUCUGAAAUAACUCCUACAGAGAUCCUUGACCUGAAAACCAUAGUCAGAGGUGAUCACAGAACUACCUCAGUAUCAUCAAUUGCACGGCCUAUGCACUCAAAUGUUCCACAGCAGCCUGUUCAAAAUGGUGUUGUUUUGCCUAAAACAUCAAAUGUGGCAAGGUCAAAUUCUUUAAGAAGUUCAAGCCCACCGAGAAUCAGAAGGGACUUGAGGAAUCAAGCUAAUGUUCCACCUUCUGUGCCAGAGGAGUCACCACCUGUACCACCAGCACCGCAGCAAUACACAAGCUUAAGAAGGGAACAUAGUAAUUAUACCUUAAACAAACCUAUAUCAGAAUCCCCUGUGGACUGGACACAGCAUCAACAUGAUGCAGUGAGAAAUGUGCCUGAGAUCAAUGAUAAUCAACAUACCCCUAUGACCUAUCAGAAUAUACAGAAUGCAAAUGUCCCCUAUCAACACAAUCACCCACCUCAGCCAAUGACUCAUGCGGUACCUCAUGGGCUAAAUGGAAACUCAGUAAAUAUGGGUGAGCCAUAUCCCGUGUCAAGGGGAAGUGGUGCACCGGCUGCCCAACAUCUACCUCUUGCUGCCUCAAAACAUGAGCUACGAUUAACCCAUGAACAGUUCCGUGCAGCCCUUCGCUUAGUGGUAAGCGAAGGCGACCCCCGCGCGACUCUGAGCGGCUUUAGCAAGAUCGGCGAGGGCAGCACGGGCGUAGUAUGCGCAGCCACCGAUACACGCACGAGACGCCGCGUCGCAGUCAAAAUGAUGAAUCUGCGUAAACAGCAGAGGCGAGAACUUUUGUUUAAUGAAGUAGUCAUAAUGCGCGACUACCCUCAUCCGAAUAUAGUGGAGAUGCACGCUUCAUAUUUAGUCGGGGACGAAUUGUGGGUCGUAAUGGAGUACAUGGCAGGAGGCGCACUCACAGACAUAGUGACGAGGGCGAGAAUGGACCCUGAACAAAUUGCCACUGUAUGCAAACAGUGUUUAAAGGCACUAGCUUUUCUGCACAGCCAAGGAGUCAUUCACAGGGAUAUUAAAUCAGACUCAAUUUUAAUGACGGCAGAUGGUCGCGUAAAAUUAUCAGAUUUUGGAUUUUGUGCUCAAGUAUCAGAGGAACUGCCUAAGCGGAAAUCAUUAGUGGGAACUCCAUACUGGAUGUCACCAGAAGUUAUAUCGAGAUUACCGUACGGCCCCGAAGUGGACGUAUGGUCGCUCGGCAUAAUGCUGGUUGAAAUGGUAGAUGGAGAGCCACCGUUCUUUAAUGAACCACCUCUACAAGCGAUGCGGCGCAUCCGCGACAUGCCGCCGCCUCGGCCGCGCGGCGCGGCGCGCUGCCCGGCGGACCUGCUCGCCUUCGUGGACAGCGCGCUGGUGCGCGACCCGGCGCAGCGCCAGGCGGCGGCGCGCCUGCUGCAGCACCCCUUCCUGCGCCGCGCCGGCCCGCCCGCGCUGCUCGUGCCGCUCAUGCCGCACGCCCACCCCCACCCCGACCCGCCCGACAAUCCAUCGAUGCAACCCGGCCCACCGCGCUCUGGGUCGUAA